CUUUCGCGUAAACAAAAUCAUUGGAUUAUACUGAUUAUCUUGCCGGUUUAGUUUUAUAAAUAUAUGUAGAGCGUAGUUUCAUGUAGUGAUAUGAUAAAUGUGUAAACGUAACACGUCACAUUUUAUCAGUAUAUUUAUAUGGAUAAUAUUUGCUUUAGUGGAUAAAAUUUGAAGAAGUUUUACAGCUCUUUUAGAGAAAAAAAAACAUUCUGUGAUAAUACAUGGAAAUGGCAACCGGUGAUGAAAGACGAGUUGCAUUAAUUACGGGUAUUACCGGACAAGAUGGUUCCUAUUUAGCAGAAUUUUUAUUGGAAAAAGGAUAUGAUGUUCAUGGAAUAAUUAGGCGAGCUAGUUCUUUUAAUACUGCUCGAAUUCAACAUCUUUAUGCAGAUCCAAAAUGUCAUCGUCAGGGUAAAAUGAAGUUACAUUACGGUGAUAUGACAGAUUCCAGUAGUUUAGUUAAAGUAAUUAGCACUGUGCAACCGACAGAAAUUUAUAAUCUAGCUGCUCAGAGUCAUGUUAUGGUCAGUUUUGAAGUCAGUGAAUACACUGCUGAGGUUGAUGCAGUAGGAACAGUUAGAUUACUAGAUGCUAUACGUACUUGUGGUCUUGAGAAAUCUGUAAAAUUUUAUCAUGCAUCAACAUCUGAACUUUAUGGCAGAGUAACACAGGUGCCUCAGAAUGAAAAAACUCCAUUUUAUCCCCGUUCUCCAUAUGCUUGUGCAAAAUUGUAUAGUUUUUGGAUCGUAGUGAAUUAUAGAGAAGCAUAUAAUAUGUUCGCAUGUAAUGGAAUAUUAUUCAAUCAUGAGAGUCCUCGUAGAGGAGAGAAUUUUGUUACAAGGAAAGUGACUAGGUCUAUAGCAAAAAUACAGUUAGGCUUACAAGAUGUACUUGAGUUAGGAAACUUAGAUGCUAAACGAGAUUGGGGACAUGCAAAGGACUAUGUUGAAGCAAUGUGGUUGAUGCUACAACAACCAGUUCCAGAUGAUUAUGUUAUAGCAACAGGAGAAACGCACAGUGUUAGGGAAUUUGUAGAGGCAGCUUUUCGCUAUGUGGGUCGUACAAUUAAAUGGGAGGGUGAAGGUGUAACUGAAACAGGGCAAGAUGCAGAGACAGGACAAGUUUUGGUUAAAGUGAAUCCUAAAUAUUUCCGUCCAACAGAAGUAGAUGUACUUUUGGGUGAUGCUACUAAAGCAAAGGAAAAAAUAGGUUGGAAACCUACAGUCACAUUUGAGGCUCUUGUAAAAGACAUGAUGGAUUCUGAUUUAGAAUUAAUGAGCAAAAAUCCAGUUGCUUGAAAUCAUUUGUUACCUACCCAUAAUAAAACUCAGUGCAUUUUCAAAAUACAUUCUAUGUCUCUAUGAGACAGUGAUAUAUUUAUUGUACUAACUAAACUUUCCAAGCAAUAGAAUUAAGAGAGGCAACUGAUCUACAAUAUGUACAUACAAAUAGUGAUACAUAAUGAACAUUUAUAGUAGAUAUAUCGUUUAAUUCCACUAAAAACCGGUUCAUAUAAUAGCAAAGUUACUUUUAAGAGGACACGUAGAAGGAGAAAUUAAUUAUAAGAUCGAAUGUUUUAGUCAUUAAUAAAUGGCACAAGGUUGAAAUAA